AUGCUUUCCCUCCGUGCAUUCACCCGUGCCGCGCCUCGUGCGUUCGCACGCUCCUAUUCUGUCGCCGCUCGCCCUACCACUGCCCGCCUCGCAACUACCUUCCAGCGACCCUCAUUGCUCCAGAAGCCCUUCGUCAGAUGCCAAUAUCCAGCAUUCUCUACAGCUAGAACUCUGCGCGAACCUGCUGGUGAAGUUGACAUCGAGCUUAGCGAAAAACUAGCCGAUGAACUCAGCCACGAACAGAGUUCUGGAGAAUUGGAAGAACCUGCUGCCGCUAUCAAGGCCUUCCUUGCGAACAGCUCUUGGGAGGUCAAGGAUGUUGCUGGAGAGCAAGAAGUUGUUUUGACUCGCAAAUUUGGCAAUGAAAAAAUCCGCGCUACUUUCACCGUCUCCGACCUCCAGAACGUCGCCGAGGAUGAAUUCGAUGGCCUUUCAGAGAGCGACUACGAAAACAUAAACCAAGGCCAGUCCGGCGAACACAUCUCUACCCGCCCCGAAGACAGUAUCGCCUCCUCCGACCGUGACUUUGAUGGAGAGAUCCCCGGAUUCCCCGUCCGCGUCAACAUCACCAUCGAAAAGCCUGGCAACGGCGCUCUCCUCAUCCAAACUACCGCUUCAGACGGCAUGUUUGAGAUCCACGAAGUUUCUCAUUUCGACAAGGCCGAUCUUGCUGAGGCUGAGACUGCUGAGAAGGACUGGCACCGUCAGAGCCUUUACAGCGGCCCUGCUUAUGGAAACCUUGAUGAGGAUCUUCAGACUCUCUUUGACCGUUACUUGGAGGAGCGUGGCUUCAAUGCCGAGUUGGCCAACAUUAUUCCUGACUAUAUCACCGUCAAGGAGCAGAAGGAAUACACCCGCUGGCUUGAGACUGUCAAGAAGUUCGUCUCUGUUUAA